AUGACAGAAGAAGCUCAUCCGACUUAUCUAUCACCCAGUGAGCUGGGCACUAAAGACUAUUGGGAAACAUACUACGCCCGCACGCUCGCGCACAUCUCCAACCCCACCGCAACAGAAGAACAAGAAAACGCCCACGAUGAGACCGCCAAUGACGAAGAUUCAGACGCAGACUCCGUCAACGACGAGGAUGACCCCGGCACCUCCUGGUUCUCUGAACAUAAUGCCCCGGAAAAGGUGCUCCGUUUCCUGACACGCUCGUCCUUCCCUCUCUCUCCGCGAGCCACGCGCGGGUCUGCGCAACCGAGUGUUCUUGACCUGGGAACGGGAAAUGGAAGCAUGCUUGCUCUUUUGAGGAAGAAGGGUGGGUUCCGGGGGGGAGCUAGUCGGGGUGGAUUAUUCGGCGCAGAGCGUUUGGAUGAGGAGGAUUCUGAUGAGGAUGUGGCUGGCAACGGGACGGGAGCAGAAAAUGCUCUUGUCGAGCCUCGUGAGAUUCAAUUUGAGGAAUGGGAUAUUCUCGGUUCCAAGGCUAUUCUCUCCCCAUUUGGGACAAAAGUUUCGCCCGCUGAUACGGAUGAGACGCUUUCGUGGUUUCCGUAUUCACGCGGUGGAUUUGAUAUUGUGCUUGAUAAGGGGACUUUCGAUGCUAUCUCCUUGGCUGGAGAUGCGAAGGAGACCCAGGUUUGUGAGCGGUAUCCUGGCAUUGUCCGCCGGUUGAUUCGGACUGGAGGGUUCUUGAUCGUAACGAGUUGCAAUUGGACGGAGGAGGAGCUUGUGCAUUGGUUUACAGCUGCCGAGGGAUCUGACCGGUUUAUUGUCUGGGGCAGGGUUGAGUACCCCCGGUUUAGAUUUGGGGGACAGGAAGGACAGGGUGUGUGUACAGUCUGCUUCCAGAGAGUUGUGUCUUAG